CCCUAAAUCCUGCAGUCUAUAUAUAAAGCAUAAAAGCACACAAAAUCACAAUUUUUUAAAACAAAUUCUUUCUUUUUCCCACAUAGAAGUCAACUCAUUUUUAAUAUGCCUUUACAUCAUUUCUGCUUCCAUUUUCAAUGGCAAAAAAGGAUUCUGAAUCAACGACCGGCCAAUAAUGGUUAUGUCUGUGAUGGAUGUGGCAAAAUAAAUGUAGGUGUCACCUUCUAGGUGGCAGCUGGGGGGUAAAUAACCCCAUGCACACCUCAUUAAUCUUCGGAUUCAAAGACAAGCCUUAUUAGAUAUAGUAGAAAUAUUAAAAACUAAUCCUAAUAGCAUAAAAAAAGAUAGAUCUAGAAUAUGAUGAUAUUUUGUUGAACUGUCAUUUCUCUACAUUCAAAAGGAAUAAAAAAUCGAUUAGAAUUAAUAAAACCAAAUCAAUAUGUCCAUAUAUUUGGUAGAGAGAUAACCAAAAUAGAUGUAGUGUGGUGAACGGAAAUAGGUCAUUCAUUUGUGUUUUUCAAAAAACUGAUGGUCUUAAGAAAUGUUUGUAAUGUCUAAAACUAUACAUUGCUUACCUUAGGAUAAAAAGAUAUAAAUAAGAAAGGUGAAACUAACUAAAGGUGCUAUAUGUAGAGAGUUUAAAGCUAAAACGUUUUGUGGUGAAUGGUUGAUCAUUAGAAGGAUGUUAAAAAAAAAGGGUUGGGAUUGUAUUUGUAAUAAUAAAUGGCGAAAAAUAUGAAAGGGGUGGGGGCAGGUUAAAGUAAAAAAGUAACAUAGGUUUUAUUAAAUAUUAAAUUGAAAAAAAUUUGAGAUUUUACAUAGGACUUGUACAAGCUUUUUUUGUUGUAAAGGGGGUGGGGUGGAUAAGUAAAAGUAAUAUUAGAAUUAACUGAAUUAAAGCAGUGGCGUGAUUAGGCGGGUCUUUUCACAUCAAGUCAAAAGUCUAUGUUGGAGAAAUUACGAUAUACCAGUUAAAAAAAAUAAUUUUAAAAUGGUGUUCCAGAGAGUCAUGUUUUCUCUCUAUGUACUGUUCUUCUGAUAUAGAAAAAAAUACAAAAAUAAUACCUUUGAUUUCAUCCUCAACUAAAUCAUUUGCAAUAAUCAUGAUCUAAAGAAAUGUUCUCACAUAAGAAAAAAUAAACAAACAAUCACUACACAUAAUUACAGUGUGAUUUCAUUUCACUCAACGCAAACAAGUUUAACAAAUUAACAAGAUACAAAAAUAUCUGUUAACAUUACUAUGGACAUGAACAAUUAACGUUACAAAAAGGGACCCUCUGGUAGACCACUUGUAGGUUAACUACUCGUAGGUAAAUUAAAUGUCAAGACCAAAUGUUGUUGGAAUCAUUCUUGUCAUUUUGGUAUCAAUCAGGGAGUCUAUUUGCAGUGUUAGAUCCAAUGGUAUCAAAAUGGAGAAAUAUGAACUAUCAGAUAGGCUUGUUCUACACAAGGUCAGGUCUCGAGAUGCAUGGUGCUGGCCAUCUGACCCAUCUAAAAUCCUGGUCAUUUUUUUUCCUUGGCUCAAUGCCAAGGAGAAGCACAUCACAAAGUACAGAGAACUGUAUGCAGAGCUAGGAUUGGAUGUCCUUACAGUCAAAUCCAAAAAUUCACAUUUUCUUUGGCCUCCUAAUUCAGUGAGAUUGGCUCAACAUGUGGAUGAGGUAUUGCAAAAGAACCUAUCAGAAUAUGAACACUACAUUUGUCAUUCCAUGUCAGCUGGGGCCUACAACUUAACGGUACUUGGGAUGUGUUCUAGAGACAAGGACCAGGGAACACUUUUGAAAAAGUUCAAAGCCAUUGUACUGGACAGUGUGGUUGUUGGAACUGGCAGAGCUGGGGUCAUCAAAGAUUUGCCCUCUGGAGAGGAAUCAAAUGCACUUGACAAAAUGAUUAAAGGAGUGGCAUCCUCUAUCAGUAGCAGCAGAUAUGUUCACAGUCUUGUAGCCCUGUUGUCCAAAGUUUAUUUUGGACUUACUAAAAAAUAUACAUUAGAUUUUUAUGAGAAAUCAGUAGAUGCAGUCUGUAAUAAGCCCGUCCUAGUACCAACAUUAGUGAUUGGCUCUAAAGAUGAUCAGCUGAGUGAUGCAGCUGUCACAGAACAAGUGGUCAAAAUAUGGAAAUCUAGAAAUGAGUUUCCAGUCACUCUACAUAUGUUUGAUCAUUCCCAACAUGCUCAGCAUUACAUGUUACAUAAGAAAGAAUACACUGCCAUUCAUAGAAAGUUCCUGGAUGAAGUUUUCUCACAUGUCAGCUUUCACGGUGAAGGCAACAGCAGCUAUUUAAAAUCUAAAUUAUAAAUAUUUAUUUUAAUUCUUUUUUUGUAUUUACCACUGAGCAAUUAUUGUUUUGGUACUUUCAAUUCAAUUGUUUGUAUUUGCAAAAAAGAUUGAUAUGGAAAUGUUGAUAUAAUUUAAAUUCUGCUUUAUUUGCAUUCAAAAUGUAUUUAUAUUAACAUUUUUAGGACACAAGCUUUUAUUUCAUUUCUUUUCAGUAGAAGUAAAUUGAUUAUCACUUGUAUUUUUGUAUUGAUCUAUUCAAAUGUGAAUUAUAUAUUUACACAGUACUUUGUCUUUCACCUUUUGAAUGAUUUUGAACAUUUUGUUAGGCCUAAAUUUUAUAUACAUAUACAUUUAAAUUAUUUUUUAAAUCUAAUCUCUCUAUGUCUCUGUGGUACAUUGAAAACUUCUGUGAAUGUAUCACUGGACUAGAACAGAUACAUUGCUUUCUUGGUAUAUUAUUUGAAUGUCUACAUUUCUAAAUAAAAAGUAUUAUGUUAGAAAUGUUUAUUUUAGAAUGAUAUAGCUGAAUGUUAAAAUUGUUUCAAAUUUUCUGAUCCAAUCUUUAACUUCUGACACUUGUAAUAUUACAGAGAAUUAUAAAAUAAGUCCUUAUAAUAUUACAGAGAAUUAUCCACUAAAUACUGUACUCAAUCCCUUUUGAUUGUUUCCUCACAUUGGCUUUUCUUGUGACAAUUAUGUCUUGUGAUUUAUUUUCAACUAAUUGUAAGACAUUCAUGACUAAAUAAAAAGUAAAGUCCCCCCCUUCCCUCCCUUUCAGACCUUUUGAUCUAUAGGGCAGAUGAUAAGCUCAUCUGCUUCUUUGGUCAAUGGUCAAUGAGCAGGGUGUCAUGUGACCAAUCGCUUUUACUUUCCCCAACUUAAGUCAGAGUUGGGUGAACUCAUGGGUGCCCUAAAAAUCCUGAAUUAAAUAUCCCAGCCUUCACAGAGACUCAAAUCCAGGACCCCAGGUUCAGAAGCCAAGCAUUUAACCACUCAGCCACUAAUGGAAUGGAAUUAAAACAGUUGUAUGCAAGUCACACAAAUAAAAAUGACUACCUACUG